AAACAAAGUGUAUCCAAGGAUGGGAAACCUUACAUGCGUGUCACCUAUCCAAAAUUCAAGUUGGGAGAGGAGGUCGUCCGUGAAGUUGCAUCCCUUCCAAGUUAUGGUAAACCAACAUGAGAUAGGCACAAUUUUGCACUUGACUAAAAAUUUAUUAAAUUAUAACCAGCUAUUGAAGAGUUUUUUUAUUGUUCUUCAUGCCAAGACAAGUGAUUUACAGUGCCAAGUCCUUUGUUAUGGUCAUUUGUUAGACAAAGUUGGAACUGCCUUUCUCUAAAUAGACAUUACAUAAUAUAGUAGUUUAUUUUUUCUGUUUCUGUAAAUAAAUUUGAUUUAUUGAUGAGUUGAAGCUAAAUUGAAAAGGAAUAAAGGCAAAAAGUAUUUUGCUCAGCACUGCUGAGCCAAAAAUAGCGAAAUAUAUAUUUUUUCAAGGCGCUUUUCCUAUCCUGGUUACAGGCCUUCACCCCCUCCCCUAUCCCUGAAUAUAAGCCCUCCUAAAAUCUCCUAUGGAGAUGUAUAAGCCUAGGGCUUAUAAGCAGCAGUUUAUGGUAUGGUGUGAGUUCCAGACAAAAAAAGACCAGGGAAUUUCAAUUCCAUUUGGCAAGUGCCCUGAUACUAAUGAUAUUUUUAUCAUCAGUCUGUCAGUUAGUGAAGUGUUGUUCUGUUUGUACAGAUUAUGUAGACACCAUGAAGAAACUGCUCUUCAGCCUAACAGAUGCUGAAAGAAAAGAAGUUCUAGAAAAAUAUUCAUUGAAGCAACCAGAACCUCUAAAUAGGCAGUUUCUGGAGAGAAAGAGCAAAGAGGAAGCUGGUAAGGAUUACAGAGCCAGACAACAAAUGAGUAAAACAACAGUUGUUCCUUCAGGUUAA